AUGUGGACAGAAGUCGGGAAGCUUGUGCUAUUACAUCUGCUGCUCAUGGAGCUCCAUUGCGUUAAAGGAACUCAUACAGAAUCGGAGUGUGAAGACGGGCAGUUUCAGUGCAAGAACGGAAGGUGCAUCCCAACCCUGUGGAGAUGCGAUGAUGAUGAUGAUUGCUCAGACAGCAGCGACGAGGAGAAUUGUCCAAAGAAGACGUGUGCGACCACAGACUUUGCCUGUAAGAAUGGACAGUGUGUUCCAGCUAGGUGGCGCUGUGAUGGAGAGCCAGAGUGUGCAGACGGUUCAGACGAGGCUGAUGCAAUCUGCAGCCGACAGACCUGUCCCCCGGAGAAGUUUGACUGCGGAGGAGCUGCCAGCAAAUGUGUUUCGUUGUCAUGGAGAUGCGACGGAGAAAGGGACUGUGAGAAUGGGGCAGAUGAAGAACAGUGUGCCGCAGAUGCCAAAGCUUGUCCAUCCAAGGAUUUCCAAUGCCGUAACGGGAAGUGUCUGGCACCAAUCUACGUCUGUGAUGGCGACGACGACUGUGGGGAUGCCAGUGAUGAGGAGAAGUGCUCGGCUCCCACCUGCGGCCAGCACGAGUUCCGCUGCAAUGACUCUGAGUGUAUCCCAGCGCUGUGGAGCUGCGACGGUGACCCGGACUGCAAGGAUAAGUCAGAUGAGUCCAUGGAACGCUGCAGCAGGAGGACUGAGCCCCAGAAACCUCGCUGCCCGGUGGGCGAGUUCCAGUGCGGGAGCGGCGAGUGCGUCCACAUGAACUGGAAAUGUGAUGGAGACGCCGACUGCAAGGAUAAAUCUGAUGAAGCAAACUGCCCCCUGCUUACAUGUCGACCUGAUGAGUUCCAGUGCGGUGAUGGUUCCUGUAUCCAUGGCUCCAAACAGUGUAAUAAAGUUCACGACUGUCCGGACUACAGUGAUGAAGCUGGCUGUGUCAACACUACAAAGUGUGAUGGGCCAAAAAAGUUCCGCUGUAAGAAUGGGGAGUGUAUUGACAGCAGCAAGGUGUGUGAUAAUAUGAAAGACUGCAAGGACUGGUCUGAUGAACCUAUGAAGGAGUGUGGCUUGAAUGAGUGUGCAGACAACAAUGGUGGCUGCUCCCACAUCUGCAGGGACCGGAGAAUUGGUUAUGAGUGUGACUGUCCCUCUGGGUACAAACUCUUGGACAAAAAGACUUGUGGAGACAUAGAUGAAUGUGAGAACCCAGAUGCCUGCAGUCAGAUCUGCAUCAACUACAAAGGAGAUUAUAAGUGCGAGUGCUACGAAGGAUACGAGAUGGACCCUGCCUCUAAGACCUGCAAGGCCGUGGGAAAGAGCCCGUACCUGAUGUUCACCAACCGCCAUGAGAUCCGUCGUAUUGACCUGCUGAAGAGUGAAUACACCCAGGUGGUUCCCACGCUGAAGAACGCCGUGGCCCUGGAUGUAGACGUGUCCAUUAACAAGAUGUUCUGGUGUGAUCUAUACCAUCAGAAAAUAUACAGUGCUUACAUCAACAAGGCGAGUGACUCUUCGCAGCAGGUGACACUCAUCGACUCUCUCCACUCCCCCGAGGGCCUGGCCGUCGACUGGGUUCACAAGAACAUCUACUGGACCGACUCGGGCAAUAAGAGCAUCUCUGUCGCAACGGGAGACGGACGGAAGAGGAAAGUGCUGAUAGCCACUGAGCUGAGCGAGCCGCGGGCCAUCGCAGUGGAUCCACACCAAGGGUUUAUGUACUGGUCUGACUGGGGAGGUCAGGCCAAAAUUGAGAAGGCUGGGAUGAAUGGAGUGGACCGACAGAUUCUGGUGUCUGAACACAUCGAGUGGCCCAAUGGAAUAACCCUGGACUUGUCCAACAGACGCCUGUACUGGGUGGACUCCAAGCUGCACCUGCUGUCCAGUGUGGAUCUGAAUGGAGACAACCGCAAAGUGUUGCUGUCCUCCCAUCACCAUUUGGGACACCCCUUUGCUCUCACUGUCUUCGAGGAUCGUGUAUAUUGGACAGACUUGGAGGAUGAAGCGAUAUACAGCGCCAACCGUCUGACGGGGCAUGAUGUGGCGAAGGUGGCAGAGCACCUCAACAACCCCCUGGACCUGGUGGUGUUCCAUGAACAGAGGCAGCCCAAAGCCCCAGACACCUGUAACAUGGGAAGUCUGCCUAACGGUGGCUGUGAGUACCUCUGUCUGAAGGCCCCUCAGAUCACAGACCACUCUCCCAAGUACACCUGUGCCUGCCCUGACGGCAUGGAGCUGGGACCAGAUAUGAGGCGCUGCGCUAUAGUUCGACCCAGAACAACCACGACGACGGCCGCUCCCACCACCACCCCUACCACCACCACCCCCACCACGACAACCCCCACCACAACCACUAGAACAAGCACUACAGCAACUAGCACAACUGUAGACACCACCACAACCCCACCCACAACAAUCAUCACCACUACUACUGCUGCUGCUGCUGCUACCACACUCAGACCCACGGUCAGGCGUCUGACGACACCGCAACGUCCUCAGACCCCCAGGAGCACCUCCACCGAACAUCCUCGGAUCCCUACUGCCACGAGUACAGAGACGACCAGCCUCAGCAGCACCAGGCAGACGUCUACAUCCACGCACACACCUCUAUUGGGCCCACUAGCCCCCAACAGCAUUCAGAGAGAGAGCAAUGCCAACCUUUCCCACAGAGCUGCAAGUGAUCACUACCUCAUAGGUAACAACAUCACAGUAGCUGUUCUGGGGAUAGUCAUUCCUAUCGUCCCUAUCCUUGCCACAGUGGUCAUCGGAUUGCUCUGCACCGGCGGAUACCUGGUUUGGCGCAACUGGCGGCGCAAGAACACCAAGAGCAUGAACUUCGAUAACCCUGUUUACCGCAAAACCACGGAGGACGACGACGACGAAAUCCACAUCGGGCGACACAGCGAGUCCAUCGGUCACGUCUACCCAGCAGUGAGUGGCAGCCACAGUCAGCCAUUCAUAGCGCUACCUCUGGGGGGCGGCAUUACAGACAGCAACUCUCACUGGUACUCAGGGGCACCUAUGCUCUCCAGCGGCAAAUGA